UCUCAGGAUCCGUGGUGCUGAAAGCGCACAGCUGCCAUGUGGUCACUUCUUUUCCUGUUUCUGUCUUACUUAGACGGAGACUUUGUUAAAGGCGAACCUUCCGCUUUAGACGCGGAAAAAGAUUCAUAUUUUCUGCUCAAUACGACUACAUGUGCUAACACGUCGGCGUGCCGUGUGCAUUUGAGUCAUCGGAAAGCCGACGGUGAAAGACAAGAGGCUCAAGACGCGUCCGGCGACAUACAGACACUGAGGAGAUCCAAACGGGGCUUCACUUAUCCAGGGACUCUGUGGUGCGGCGCAGGAAACAUCGCCGAUAACUACGAUCAACUAGGAGAGUUUGCUGAGACGGACAGAUGCUGCCGUACACAUGACUAUUGUCCUCAUGUCAUUCAUGCAUUUUCUUCUAAAUAUGGCUUCACCAACUUUAAGUGGCAUUCCAUUUCACACUGUGACUGUGACAAUGCAAUGAAGCAGUGUCUGCGGGCGGUUAAUGAUACGUCAUCACGGGUGGUCGGCCAGGCUUUCUUUAAUGUGAUUGAAGUUCCCUGUUUUGAAUUCUCUCUUGAGGAGCAAUGCGUUGAGAGGCACUGGUAUGGAGUGUGUAAGAGAUAUGACAAAAUGCCUGUUGCUGUGAUUAGAGAGUCAAUGCCAUAUGAUUUUGGAGGCAUUGAAGUUAUUGAUGUGUUGACUGUAGCACCUCCUAAGAUAAAAUUAUCUGAGAUAGAUGAAGGCAAGCAAGAAGAAUCUCAGAGGUCAGAAAGCACAACACAGUCAAGCACCUCAGGAUCUAAAAAUCCUCCACUAGAAGAGCCUUCACUUACAAAUGUUGUCACAGCAGCUGAGGACUUCAUCAAAGUACUUGCUACAGUUUCCACUUCACAAAGCUCGUCUACUGAUGGUGGUAACACAGGUGAAGCACAGGCCUCAGACAAGAAGAGGAAGAAGAAUGCAGGGAAAAAGAAGAAAGAUCAGAAGAAGAGAAGAGGAAAGGGGAAAGGGAAAAAGAGAAAGCAGAACGCAGGCAGGGUUCCAAAAGUCAAUGUCACUGUAUCUCCAUCUGCCAAUAGAGCAGAAGAUGUCAUCAACAAGAAAACUUAUGUGGGAGACUCUGGGAAUUUUGACUGGGUCAGCAAGAACGACAACUUCAUGAACAGCCAAUUCAGUCCUGUGGGAGACGCUGAGCACGGCAAUAAGAUGAUGAGGGAUGAGUAUCAGAAGACACCUGACGAGAGUCAAGUUGCCAUGACCACUGCACCAGAUGCAAAGCAAGAGGCUAAAAUGUUAAAACCACAAAAGCAAAUCAAGGAUAUGGAAUUUCUGCAACUCUUCCCCACAGUGACUGUCACCAGAAAAUCUACUCCCGCUAUACCGAAAGAAAGAGCGGCAAAAAGGAGGCAGAGACAUCCAACUCCAAAAUUCCUUCCUGUAAAAGACACCCUACAUAAUAUGAUGACAGAUAACACAGCAGUGAGUACAAAUAAAAGCACCAGCUUAGCAGGUCUGACAGCACAUACUCCCAUCAGUCUACCAGGGGAAAAGGCACCGCACAACGUCGAGUCCCAGCGUGAAAAGGGAUCUGCGUUUAAUGUCACCGCACAGAAUACACCCAUUGUUGGAGCCAAAAGACUGAGGUCGAGGCAGAAAGGGGGGAGGAGGAAAAGUCGGAAGUCACAUAGCUCUUCCUCCCCCACAGACGCCUUAACAACAGAAGAACCAAAUGUUCUCCCUACUGACACAAUUCAAGAACUGACUGUUAGCCCAUUUCCUGAAUCACAGAAUGGAUCACAGAAGCUGCAGCCUAAUGGACCAAACAACUUUUCAGAAAAACCUACAAGAAGUGUGUCUGGUAGAAUUCGACUUAAAACAUUAAAGGGCACUGGGGUCAGAAAAAGUCCUCAACUACCCAAGUACAAUUCAUCGUUAACAGAGGGUGUUACCAAGGAAAGGGACGAGGGCCUAGCGAUCAUGGUUAUCAGUACCUCAACGGGAUCAGUUGUAACUGAUCUUGCUUCUCAGGCAAAGGAUGCUGAGGCAAGCACUGGGCAGCUUUUCUUUUCUAGACUACAGACUAUCACUCCAUCCAUGCCACUUCUCAAAACCAGAACAUCCAAGAGAAGAAGAUCAAAGGAGAGGGAUGCGAAGAGCAGACGAAAAAACAAAGGAGGAAAUACUCUGGUUUAACCAGAGUUGGUACCUGAAACAAAGUCAGUGGAAUGUGUCUUAGUAGUUAGCCUGUGUCAUGAUGUCCAGAGCUGUUAGUACAAUAAGAAAGACAUGAUUUUAAGUAUACUGUUUUUUACUACUCAGUGAUGAUA